UCUCUCUCUCUCUGUCUCUCUGUCUCUCUCUCUCUCUGUCUGUCUCUCUCUCUCUCUCUCUCUCUCUGUCUCUCUAUUUCUGACAACCCUUCCAGAUCAUGAUACCUGCCAUCCUCCACCACCAUCAUUAUCAUCACCCACUCUUUCUCCUCCUCAUCCUCCUCUUCCUUCGUUUCUCUCAUGCCUGCCGCACUGCCCCCGCGACCGAAUGCCAAAAGCCACCGUUCGUGCCCGGCCACAAUCUGGUGGGCGAGGGCUUCGACAUUGUCAAGCUGAAAACCACCGGCGCCUUCGUGGUGGACGUCAAGCCCUACCUGGUCGGCGGUGAGGAUGGCAACUGCACACUGUGUCAGAACACGCUUCUGGGCCAGGAGCAGAAGCUGCCGGCCAUAGUGCGCGACUGGCGGGUCAGGGUGCGGUGCCGUCGUGGCCUCAGCGCCAGGAUCUACGAGACGGCCAGCUCUGUCCUGGAGGAGGACAACAAGUCCUUCAGCGCAGGUGCCAAGGUCGGGCUCGGCCUCGCCGGAAAGGGUGCGGUCUACUUGGGAGGCACUCACUCCAGAGCGUCCGAGUUUGCCAUCAGCCACUCGACCAGGGACAGGUACUCCUUCACCAGCCAUCAGGUGUCCUGCCGGUACUACACAUUCCGUCUGCAAAGCAAACCUCCAAUGACUCACGAGUUCAAGUCGUCCCUCAUUGCCCUCCCCUACGCAUACAGCAAGCUCACCGCCCCAGACUUCCGCCACUUCCUCGCCACGUACGGCACGCACUACCUGCGCUCCGUGGACCUGGGCGGCCGGGUGAAGUCCACCACGGCCGUGCGCACCUGCGAGGCCACCAUGAACAGCCUGUCGGUGCACGACGUCAGCAACUGUCUCUCCGUGGAGGCGGCCGCCAAGAAGAACGACGCCAGUGCCAAUGCCCAGCUGCAGUUCUGCCAGGCCAAGAGCAAGAAGCUGAACCACGGCCGCAGCUUCAGCAGCACCUUCUCCGACCGGGUGACGGACGUGUUGGGGGGGAGCGGAGAGUCUGGGGACAUCCUCUUCGCCCCAGACAAGAAAGGCGGCUAUGACACAUGGUUCAAGUCGCUCAAGACGCUGCCCGGGGUCGUCUCCUUCCAACUGACGCCGCUGCACAUGUUGGUGAACAGCGAAGUAGACCCCCAGCGCCACGUAAACCUCCGCAAUGCCAUCAGGGACUACAUCAUGCAGUCCGCGGUUAGCAAAGCAUGCGGGGGGAAGUGUGGCGCCGGCCGGAGAGACAGGUCCUGCUCCUGUAAGUGUAGUAGCAACAAGAGGCUGGACUCCAACUGCUGUCCCAGUAAACCAGGGCUGGCCAGCCUGUCCGUGGUGGUGGAGAGGGCCACGGGACUCUGGGGGGACUACUUCUCCAAGACGGACGGCUACGUGAAGGUGUCUUACAGUGGACAGGGAAGCAGCACGCCCGUGAUCUGGAACAACAACUUCCCCGCAUGGAACUUCAAAAUCCCCUUUGGAACGGUGGAUCUCCUCAGUAGAGAUUCGAUAAAGUUCGAGGUGUGGGACAGAGACAACCGAUGGGACGACGACCUGCUCGGCAAGGUCACCCUCAGGCCCUCGCAGGGCGUGAACGUGAGGCGGAGCUUCAAGCUGAAGCACGGCACCCUUUACGUCUCGUACUCCACCGUGUGCGCCCCGAGUCUGGCAGGCCCCUUCUGUGGCAGUUACAGCCCCAGUCCUGGCGCUGAUGCCCCUCUGGCGCCUCUCACCCAGGACUGGCACUACCCGCACCACCCCUCUCUGAUGCAGCGAUCCGACGGAGGCUCCCGGAAUAACACCUUCCUAUGA